AUGACCGUGGGCAAGAGCAGCAAGAUGCUGCAACACAUUGACUAUAGGAUGAGGUGUAUCCUGCAAGAUGGCCGUAUCUUCAUUGGCACCUUUAAAGCCUUUGACAAGCAUAUGAAUUUGAUCCUCUGUGACUGUGAUGAGUUCAGGAAGAUCAAACCAAAGAACUCAAAACAAGCAGAGAGAGAAGAGAAGCGAGUCCUUGGUCUCGUGCUACUUCGAGGGGAGAACCUGGUCUCAAUGACAGUAGAGGGACCACCUCCGAAAGAUACUGGCAUUGCCCGAGUGCCACUUGCUGGAGCUGCUGGGGGCCCAGGGAUUGGCAGAGCUGCUGGUAGAGGAAUCCCAGCUGGGGUUCCUAUGCCUCAGGCUCCUGCAGGACUUGCUGGGCCAGUCCGAGGGGUUGGUGGUCCAUCCCAACAGGUGAUGACCCCACAAGGAAGAGGUACUGUUGCAGCAGCUGCAGCUGCUGCCACAGCCAGUAUUGCAGGGGCCCCAACCCAGUACCCACCUGGCCGUGCAGGUCCUCCACCACCUAUGGGCCGAGGGGCACCCCCUCCAGGCAUGAUGGGCCCACCUCCUGGUAUGAGGCCUCCCAUGGGUCCCCCAAUGGGGAUCCCACCUGGACGAGGAACUCCUAUGGGCAUGCCGCCACCGGGGAUGCGGCCUCCUCCCCCAGGGAUGCGAGGGCCCCCUCCCCCGGGAAUGCGCCCACCAAGGCCCUAG